CCCGGCAGUAAAGCAGCCAUGGCAAACCUGUGCCCAGGAGAUAUUAUUCUGGCAAUUAAUGGAGAGAGCACGGAGAGCAUGACGCACCUAGAAGCUCAAAACAAGAUCAAAGCAUGCAUGGACCAGCUGCUGCUCUCCGUGAACAGGGCCGAAGGGAAGACCUGGUCACCCCCUCUUCUGGAAGAUGGCAAGGCUCAAGCGUACCGGAUCAACGUAGAGCCGGAGCCCCAGGACAACGGGCCUGCCCAGGGCAGGAGGCCAGUGCCCCCCGGGGCUGGUGGCAACCCCAUGGACACCAAGCAGAUGCUGAACGUCCAGCACCACCACCCGACCCGGCUCUACGGGCAGAGCGGCUGCGGGGCGGCUCUGCCAGGCCAGCUGAGCGGGCUCCACAUCGCUCCAGCCCAGAGCCUCGACCCCUUGAAGUCUCUCCCACGGAACAGGAAUGGGAUUGAUGUGGAGUCGGACGUCUACAAGAUGCUUCAGGAUUACGAAAAGCCUGUUUCGGAGCCGAAGCAGUCCGGGUCUUUCCGGUACUUGCAGGGCAUGUUGGAGGCUGGUGAGAACGGUAAGGAGGUUGGCAGCACCCCUGCCCCGGGGGUUAAAAACCGACCCCGUGAGGAGUCUGGGACGAGGGGCACGAUCGUCAAAGCUCGGGACAAGCUCUACCACCCCGAGUGCUUCAUGUGCGACGACUGCGGCCUCAACCUGAAGCAGCGCGGGUAUUUCUUCAUCGAGGAGCAGCUCUACUGCGAGACGCACGCCAAGGAGAGGGUUAAGCCCCCCGAGGGCUAUGACGUGGUGGCUGUUUAUCCCAACGCGAAAGUGGAACUUGUCUAA